UUCUCCGGGCUGGUGCACUACAGGUAAGACGGGGUGUGCGCCCAGAAGGUGUGUGUACGAUUUUGCCCUAUCAGACCUGUCUUCUAUCUGUUGACAGCGUGUUUUCGCUUCGCCGGAUAGGUAAGGAAGUCUUUGUCGUAUUGCCAUUAAAUCAUCGGGGCUAGCAGGACUCAGACAGCGAUACUAGUACCCCCUCGUAAGCACUUUUGAGGUUAGUGAGCAUUCCCUACAUGGUGAGGGCGGUCGUGUGGAUGGACGCAGUAGUCUAGCAAGUGUACGUACGUGUAUUUCUGACUUUCCCACGGUACUAAGAAGACUGGACCUGGAGUCUCUCCAUGAAAACUUGUAGGAAACUGAGGACCGAUAUAAUCUGUAGGUGUGCUGGGUGUAUUGUACAACACAGCACAGCAAGAUCUGACCUCGGACGACGUGCACCCGAGAACCACUGACAAGCUCUCGCCUCCCAAGAAAUGUUGUCAACACUGAAGCUGGUUGCUACGCUACAAGGGAACUAAAAACCGAGACAACGCAAACGUUGAGGUCGACAUAACAUACAUAAAGCGCACUUGGCAUUCUCUAUUUGCAUCUGGAGUGGCGUGUCGGAUGACCGCCGACAUUUUUGACAUGCUUCGGAGGACAGACACGACUGGAACCAAUCACGUCAGGCGUCCUUAAACCCGCGCGUGACGUCAGGCGCACGUCGCUUUCACCUGGGCCGUCACCCCGCUGAAGUUCGUUGCUUUUGAAGUAUUUUCUAGUACGUAAAUCCCAGGUUCUGUCGCCGCCAUGUCGGACACAGAGAAGGAGACAUGUUUCCUCAACAGGCGGACGGCCAGACUGUUGGUGAUCAUCGUUAUUUACACCAUGUACAUUGUCGUGGGCGCGAUCAUCUUCUGUGCUAUAGAAGGGCCGGAGGAGAGGCAGACGGGACAGAGGGUCCGGGAUUUCAGAGCGGGUUUCCUGGAGAAGAACCAGUGUGUGACAGACGCGGAGCUCGAGGAGCUGAUACUGGAGGUGAUCCACGCCACCCACCGCGGCGUGGCGGUCCAGAGGAACGUCACCGGCCCGCCCGCCUGGUCAUUCGCACCCGCUAUGUUCUUCGCCGGGUCAACCAUCACUACUAUAGGUUACGGUCACGUCGUGCCGCUGUCCGACGGCGGGAAGAUCUUCUGCCUGGUGUACUGUACUGUCGGCAUCCCGCUCACCCUGCUGCUGUUCGGCAUGCUCGUCUCCAGGAUGAACACAGUCUCCUACAGCGUCCUCGAAAUGCUGCACAAAAGGUUCGGGGAAAAGGCGGACCCUGGGACGAUGAGGAUAGUACACUUCGCCAUCGUGGCGUCGGUCAGUUGCACGACGGUCAUCUUCCUGCCUGCGCUGGUCUUCACCCUGGUGGAGGUGGACUGGAGCUACUUCGACGCCCUGUACUACUGCAUCAUCUCCCUCACUACCGUGGGGCUGGGAGACUAUGUCCCGGGGGAGAACAUUAUGCAGAAACAACGGGACCUGUACAAGAUCUGCAGCACUGUUUAUCUAGUGUUCGGGCUGGCCGUCAUGCUGUUGGUUCUGGACAACGCCUCGCGCUUCCCGGAGUUCCGAGCCUAUCUGUCGUCCCUCUCAUGUCUGGACGACCAUGCCAUACCGAAAGCCAACGGUACAUCCCCAGAACUGUUGAGGCAGGAGGAACAGGAAGAGGACAUCCAGCUGAAGAACAGCGUGCAGAGGGAUUACAAGUCCCUGGCUGUGGCUGGACACUGACAGACAGAAUAUAUCAUGUAUAAUGUGUAAAGACUCUGGACAUUUGUUAGGUAGCAGGAAUAUGCCUCUCAAUGUUAUGUUUACCUUCAGAAAAAAAGGGGUCAAUGACCUGGACCAGACGCCUGUUACCAUGGUAACCGGUGAUGCAGCAGACAUCAUGUGAAAUGUUGAAUCAUAUUAUGCAGGACAGAGUUGGGUAAGAAUAUUAAGAAUAAAGAGAGCAGUAGUUUGUUGAGCUAGACCGUCCCCAUGUGAUUAUGCAUUUGCUUUGCAAGUGUUAUCCCUCUAGUAUUAUGUUAUAUCACUUCUGUUCUUUGCUGUACGUACUUCUGAAAUGAUGUACAUCUUACUAGUUUUUUUUUUUGUGUGGAACAGUAAUUUAUUUUGCCUUAGGAUAUCUAAGAAUCUCCCAGAAAACAAAAUGACUUCCGUGAAUUACACUUUGUCUUGCAAUUGUUAGAACUGAAUUUCCCAUAUUGAAUUGUAAGAGUACCCAUAUUAGUCUAGCUUAACAAAUAUUCCUGUGUAUUUCACUUUGAGAGUGAAGCACAUUGGAAAUUUAUCAUAUAUAUUUAAAUCAGCUACUUUAAUCUAUCCAAUAAUGCUGAAGAGCACUAAGAGAAUUAAUACAAUAAAAGUGGAAUAAUCUUAUGAUAAAAGUAUGUACUUUGUAAGUUUAGGCUGUGUGUACCAAGUGUUGCAUGUAUUGUGCUUAGGCCACACCAAGUAAAUUUUAUGGAUGACGUCCGCGCGCGCAUUGAUUUUGGCCUGUUCCUAGAAAAAAAACAAGAAAUUCCGU